AUGCAGAAGAAUACGCUAACGGGCGUUGUGCCUCCGGCUGAGAUGAAAGAGCACGAUUUUACCGAGCCCUUGAGAAGGCGCAACAUGAAUCUCAGAGGCUCGAGCAGGCAUUGUGGUCACAGAACCAUGCAGGGUCGAUGUGGGUUCUGCCGCAGACACUUCAAGAACUCUGCAACCUACGACAGCUAUGUCGACUUCAAUCCAAUGCCCUGGCCCGAGCUAGACAAUUGGUCGAGAAUGAGCGGAAUAUGGUCCUUGCUCUAUGUUUUCAUCGCUUAUGUCGGGAUUGUGAUGGAGCUGGAAUACCAGGCGCUUCCGACAAUAUGUUUCAAACCUGCAAGAUCUGCUUUCUCUAUGGUGGCCAACAGCCCCGGAGGACUUGAUGUAUUAGCUACUGCUGUUGAGGCCGCUGCGUUGACCGGAAGUGACAUUGCCCUAUGGAAAGCGAUGCUUACGAGCGUGGAAGCAAACAAGAAGCGGUGA